GAGCUGCGGCCGCCGCCUCGGCGCGGCGGGAAACGGGAGCGGGGCGGCCCCGCUGCAGGGACACCAUGGUGCUGAGCGCGGAGCAGGUGAGCCUCAUCGGGCAGGUGUUCGAGUCCUACGUGCUGGAGCACCACAGGGACGAGAUCCUGGGCAUCCUGAGGGAGGCGGACGACCAGGCGCACUACUCCGUCGUCGUCGACGCCUUGACGCUCUUUGAGACCAACAUGGAGAUCGGGGAGUACUUCAACGCCUUCCCCGGCGAGGUGCUCCCGAUUUUCGACAGCGCGCUGCGCCGAGCCGCGCUGGCAGCGCUGCAGGACAGCGCGGACCCGGCGCAGCUCAGCCUCAAGCAGAACCUCCACGCCAGGGUCUCGGGUUUGCCUGUUUGCCCAGAGUUGACUCGAGAGCACAUUCCUAAAUCCAAGGAUGUGGGACACUUUUUGUCUGUUACUGGGACUGUCAUACGUACCAGUUCGGUGAAGGUUUUGGAGUUUGAACGGAGUUACAUCUGCAACAAGUGCAAGCACGUGUUUGUUGUCAAGGCUGACUUUGAGCAGUACUACGCGUUCUGUCGUCCAGCAGCCUGUCUCAAUGAAGAAGGCUGCAACUCAACCAAGUUCAUGUGUCUUUCUGGAACAACCUCUUCUCCUACCUGCUGCAGGGAUUAUCAAGAAAUCAAAAUUCAGGAACAGGUGCAGAGGCUGUCUGUUGGAAGCAUCCCUCGUUGCAUGGUGGUUGUUCUGGAAGAUGAUUUGGUGGACAGCUGCAAGUCUGGAGAUGACAUCACAGUGUAUGGAGUAGUAAUGCAGAGGUGGAAACCUUUCCACGAGGGUGCACGCUGUGACUUGGAGCUUGUUCUAAAAGCCAACUAUGUUAAAGUGAACAAUGAGCAGCUAGCAGGUGUUGUCAUUGAUGAAGAAGUUCGCAAGGAAUUUGAAGACUUCUGGGAAAGGCAUAGGAACGAUCCCUUAGCAGGGAGGAAUGAAAUUUUGGCUAGCUUAUGUCCUCAAGUUUUUGGAUUGUACCUGGUGAAGCUGGCUGUAGCCAUGGUGCUUGCUGGUGGUGUGCAGAGGACUGAUGCUGCUGGAACUCGAACCAGAGGUGAAUCACAUCUUCUGUUGGUUGGAGACCCAGGUACAGGGAAAUCUCAGUUCCUCAAGUAUGCAGUUAAAAUUAUGCCACGCUCUGUGCUUACAGCAGGAAUUGGAUCUACGAGUGCAGGUUUGACAGUGACUGCUGUGAAGGAAUUUGGGGAGUGGAAUUUGGAAGCUGGAGCACUGGUGCUUGCGGAUGGAGGCCUUUGUUGCAUUGACGAGUUCAAUAGUAUCAAAGAACAUGACAGAACCAGUAUCCACGAGGCAAUGGAGCAACAAACCAUCAGCGUUGCAAAGGCGGGCUUGGUGUGCAAGCUUAGCACGAGGACAACUAUCCUGGCAGCAACAAACCCCAAAGGCCAUUAUGAUCCAAAUGAGUCUGUCUCUGUCAACAUAGCUCUUGGCAGUCCCCUGUUGAGCAGAUUUGACCUGGUCUUAGUAUUGUUAGAUACAAAGAAUGAGGAGUGGGACCACAUAAUUUCAUCCUUCAUCUUGCAAAAUAAAGGCUGCCCAAGCAAAUCAGAAAAGCUCUGGAGUAUGGAAAGGAUGAAGACCUACUUCUGCCUUAUAAAAAGCAUACAGCCAAAAUUGUCUGAUGAGAGCAACCUGAUCCUUGUUCGCUACUAUCAAAUGCAGCGUCAGAGCGACUGCAGGAAUGCUGCCCGCACCACCAUCCGCCUGUUAGAGAGUCUGAUACGCCUUGCAGAAGCUCAUGCCCGGUUGAUGUUUAGAGAUACUGUGACUUUGGAAGAUGCUGUAACUGUAGUAUCAGUGAUGGAAUCAUCUAUGCAGGGGGGUGCACUUCUUGGAGGCAUCAAUGCCUUACACACCUCAUUUCCAGAAAAUCCAAUGGAGCAAUACCGAACACAGUGUGAAAUAAUCCUGGAGCGGCUGGAGCUGAAAGAUCUUCUGCACAAAGAGCUACAAAGACUUGACAGAUUGCAAAGGGAAAAUUCAUGCCAACAGCAGCCGGAAGAAACACAUUUCAGUACUGCCACAAAGUGCUUGAAUGAGGAUGCAUUUGGGCUGUCAAAGCAAAGGUCUCAGUCAGAACCUUUAAAUCAAGAAGAAGAUAACUCUGGGCCACAGACACCUUUGCUUGAAGGCAGCUGUGAAGGGAAUAUUCAUCUAGAACCCCUGUGCAACUCAGCGCAUGGUAAUAACAAAAAUACAAACAGCCUGGCAUGGUUUGACAGUGUGGAAGAGAGCAGCAUUGAUACUGAAGAAAAUUCUCAGAGGAAGUCUCCAGUGCCCAAGAUAUCUCCAAAUAACUUGACUUCAAAAACUUCAAGUUCUGAAGAAAGAUCUGCUUCAAUACCAAGGAAACAAAAUGGAAUAAGAGAGUCACUAGCAGCUGUGGAUCUGCAUGAUCCUCUGAAACAAAAGGACAAAGUUUCCAAGUUAAGGAGGAAAAGGACUGAAGAACACAACCAUUCUUCAGAAGAUAAUAUUGCAGACCCAGAACCAAGUGCAAGUGUGCAGGAUUCAGUUAUUAGACAACAUGCUUCUAGAAGCUGGCGGAGGCUGCACAGGGAGAAGUCAUAUGGAUUCUUUACAAGUACACAGGACCCUGAGGCAAAGGCCCUUCCUUCAGUAUUACCUGCCUCUGGCUUGCCAGAUCUCUCAAGUGAUGCAGAUUCUGUGCUAGGAGAAGAGAACAGCAUAACAGUAGCAGCAAAAAGUACAGCAGUUUCCAUAAGGAAAAGAAGUAAAGAUCAAGUAGUAAAGGAAACAAAGGUAGUAAGUUCCCAUGAGCAAGACAGUGGAAGUCCCCCUGCUGCUAAACUAGCUAAAUUUUCUUUCAGACCACGGACAAAGCUUGGUCAUUCUUCAGAGAAGACAAAUGAAGAAUUUUCUCUCUUUCCAAGUGAAACUAUUUUUAAGCCAGGAGACCAGCUUCAGGGAGAGCAGCUUCCAGAAGAAUGCUGCCCACCUGAGAAAAGCAAGAUGACAUUGACUCACUUAGGAAAAUGUAGUUUGGAAAAAGGAUCAAUUGAUAAUAAAGGGGAAGACGAGCAGCAGAGUCGGGCCUUAGCGAAAAAGAUCAGAGGAACUGCAACAAUAUGCUCUGAUGUCAGUUUUGAUGCUGUGUCACCUCCACCCAGUGAGAAGAAAAGGGAGGAAGAGCAGAAGCUUGGCGGCCCAAGCACAGGGAAGGUGCGCACCAGCACAUUAGCUAAGCUGUCGACAUUCUCCUUUGUAUCACGUCCUGAGGCAAAAUCAGAAACCACGCCUGCCAUUAAGAAUGACACCAGCAAGGAAAGCCACAGCCCGUCGCUGAAGGUGCACGUGAGCAAUCCUAGCAAAAGGAAGAGUUUUGCAUUGGGAAAUUCUAGUAAAGCCAGUGUUGUCACGAAGACAUCUCUCUUCUCCAUAGCAGAGCUGGACGAUGCUACAUUAGAUUUUGAUUGGGAUAAAGAGGUUAGGAAAAACCCAAGCACAUAACAUGUAUAUCCUCCCAAUUAUUUAACAUGCAGUUCUUCUGAAUCUUCACCCUUCUAUCACUUGUAGCCAUGUUUUUCAAAGCAUUUCAUAGAACCAUCCUAGACCUGUGAACGUAUUUUCUUUAAGGGCUAUAUACUUUACAUAAGCAAGGACUGUGUGUGCUGCAGGCCUGAUUUGGCUUUUAGUUUUCUAAACUCUUCCCAAGACUGUUUAUCUCAGUUCACUGUUUUGACUGAACUGAUGAACCCUAAAGACUUGUAUAACUGUGUUCAUGUUUCCAGAGUGAGUGAUCUUGCAGAAGGGUAGUCUAAUUGACUUCAUCCUUUAUUUCAUGUAACGGUUAGAACUACACAUUCAGAUUGUCCUUCCAAGUGACUGCUAUUUCAGAAAAAUGAUGGUACUCAAGCUAUGUCAUUAUGUUUUGUUCAUCUGUAUGUGCUAUUUGUCACUGUCUCUGCAUAGUUGUCAAUAUUGUGAUCCAUCAUCAUGCUAUGGUCAGUGUUUCUGUAUUAUCAAUAUCAUGACAAUUUUGCUUCAUGUCUGAUUUCUGUGCUCCUUGUCGCACAGCUGAUGUUGAAAACAUGUAUUGAGAGCUUUUUGUUUCUAUUUUUUAAUUUCAGUUUUAAACACACUGGUUUAGGUAUCUGUGUCUGUAUUCUGGGUCAUUUCAUCAAAACCCAACUCUGUAAUAAACACAGUUCUCCACUGCAGAGAUGACAAAUUUCAGGUGAUUGAAUGGGAGUUGUCAGUAACCAGGGUAACUUUAAUGCAGGCAUUAAGCCCUAGCAGAUAAACUACACUUCAAACCUAGCAGCACAGUGAAGAGCUUCCCUAGUGUAGCUUGGUUCUGAGUCAGAUAAUGUUUACUUGGAUACUUUAAUUAUGGUUAGAGUUUUACUGCAUCUGAUAUUUAGUUUGUCUUCUGUAGCAUACUGCAUCUUGUGUCAUUCAUUUAUCUAAUGGGAAGUUAAUCUACUAAUACAUUAUAAGUUUACAGAGAAAGGUAAGCCUUACUUUUUUUCUAGUGACUUGCUUGGUAUGUUUCUUCUGUGUUUGAAUUCUCCACAGAAUAUUCUUGUUAUUACCUGUGAGGUAAACAGAGAAUAGAGUGGUUGCUUACAGAACAGUAGAUCCCUUGGGAGACUUGCUAGCAGAAAGGUCUGAUUCUCUCUUGAUUUGCUUAGAAGUAGCUCCUUUGAAACCAAGUGAGUUAAAAUACUGCAGAAUUUCAGAGAAUUGAGGGAGUGUGAGGACUCCAAGUACUUUGGAGUGGUACAGUGAAAACAUGAGAACACUAAGGAUAGUGUUGGCUUACUGUUCAGAGUCUGGCAAAAUGACAGAAAUAUUGCUGUCCAGACAGAUUGUGUGGUAGUUCCUCCACUGGAAAUGUGCCAUUGACCAAAAGAAGUGGAAUUUAUCCACCUAAGAGCCCUCCUGUCAUGUUCGUUCUCACAGCUAUGCCAGGGUGAGGUUGACACGCACCCAUGACCUACUGCCCAUGAAAAUCAGAUGUGACCUACAGGGUGCUGUGUCUGCACUUAAAGAAGGGUCAAGAACUCUGGACCUACAAACACUUGUGAUGCUCUUCCUACUUGAAUUUUUUGCAUCAGCCGCUUGCAUGGUGGUCUCAUUUAUAGUCAGAAAUCCUCUUUCCUAAUUCUUUGGUUUGAUGGAUGUUGCUGGCUGGCCAGUGCAAAGCCAGAACAUAGCUACUGCCUUUACUAGCCAAGCUUCCAACCCUCAAAACAAUAUGUUUGAGCAUGUUAGGACAAGUUUGAUAAUGCCCUGGAGACUUUCCAGACUUUCUGAAAAUAGCAUGGUUGGGUUGCUGUCUGCCACUCAAGAACGUUUUAGGCAGCUAAACCCGAACAUAGGCAGUAGAAUUUAGGUAGAGUGAAUUUGUAAUUUUUUUGUAGUGUCUUACUGGUGAUUAAUUUUUGUGGGGUAAUAUGCUAGAUAGUAUAUCAGUAAAAAAGAAAGUUUUCAGACUCCCCUGAUUAGCAGUAGUCAGUGUACUAAUUUAUGAAAUGGAACAGUGAUUCUUUUCUGAGCAGAGGUUUUUGAGAUUUUAGGGUUCUGCUUCUCCAUAUUAUGUAACAUGAGAAAUGGAACAAGAGCCCAAAAGAAUCAAAGAAGGAGACUGCAAAAUCCAGUUAUUCUCGGGUCACUCUGCCUAGAAGAGUGCCCCUUGGGCAUUGCUUCCCAGAUAAAAGCAAAGAAAAGGAGGCACAGGAACAUCAAGGACAUUCCACUGAGCUUGCAGAAAGGCCCAUCUUAUCUCUACUAUCGGAGGAAAAGUACUAUUGUCUUCUCAAACUGUCUGCAUACAGGUCCUACUCACCCAUGUGUGAGGGGUAAGUAACCAAAGAAUAAAUUUGGAGAAGUAGAUACUCUUUACCAGACCAGUUGAAAUGCUACUGUUGUGGUACUGCUUCUGAAUCAUAGCAUGAAUUCAGAGCAUCCAAGAUAAAUGAGGAGCUCAGAGUAAUAGGAAAAUGAUACCUGCUGCUGAUUUACUCUCUCCCUUACUGUAGCCAUUGCUACAGAAUCCAUUUAUCAGUGCUUUGGCAGGGAACAUUGCUAACUUCUUUCCUUUCCCUUUAUAUACCAUCUUCCCCCACAAAUAAUCACAAGUUUUAAUGUUUUUUGAGUGCUACAAUUGCCCAGUGAUUGGAGAACAACAUAUCAGAUUGUAGAAUUUAAAGCACUAUGGCAGCGACAGUCUGCUGGGCUAACCUACAGAUGAAUUUUCUUUUGAAUACUUUGUGCAGUCGAGGGGCAGAUGAGUCAUUUCCUCUCAGCCUGUCUUCCUGACAAUGCACUGAGACAUUAUCUGUUUCAACACUUGCCUCUCUGAGUCUAUGGUCUAUCAAAUCAAUUAUUAUUGAAUACACUAGUAGUUUAUUAAGCUGUGUUCAUGGAAGGUGAAUAUAUAUGUUGCUGUCCUAAAAUCCAGUUGAAGCAAACUUCAGAAGCCACUGGUUCUAGCAGUAUGUUGGUCAAGCCCUCAUUUGUGAGCAGCAGUGAAAUGCUGUUAGAUAUUUGGUGGCCAGACUCCAUUACCUGGCUGAAACCAGUUCAUCAAGUCAGUGUGGGAGAAGAUCACUUCCCAUAGCAGUGUUCUGAACAGCCCAGGCAGACGUGCUGAUGAGUCAAAACCGAGGUGGAAAUCCAAAAACCUCCCAACAAUAUAAUUAUAUAUUAGUUAUAUCUUUGUGUUUAAAAAAAAAAAAAAGCUUUAUCAUGAUUUUUUUGUACUCCUGCUGCGUGCAUGGUACUCUUACUGAGAAAGGCACAACCUUGACUAAACCAAGACUGGGCUUGAGACCCACACCCCUCUGAAUUAGGAGCUUAAGUAUGUUAUUUUAGACUAUCAUGAGGUAUCUCUGCUUAGUGCCUGAACUGCUUCUCAUUUGCCAGUACUUGGGGAGGAGAAGCUGAGUAAUUGUUCUCUGUCAUUACAUACUACACUGGUUGAUGUACAGAUCUCUCUGCUGGCCUGUAUCUUCACUUCUUUCAUAGCUGGAAAGCCGUGCUGAAGGAGGCUUCCUAAGGAGUCUUCCUUUCUACUUCCCACUUACAGAAACAGGCUUUCACCCAUGCCUCAGGCUUGUUUCCUGGGC